AGGAAAAAACUCGUCGAUAUUAUUGUGCUCUUAAACUUUGUGUUCAGAGUUGAACAAAAACAACAAAUAACGCUUUGUAAUUUUCUAUUAGACUAUUAUUUAUUGAGUCACGUAUUCAAAAUAUUCAUUUUAUUUCAAUGAUCUAAACAAGCCUUUGUGCUGUAUGGCACAAUUUUUUUUAAAUCCCCAGAAACGGUGACAAUCUGGAAGCAAGGGUGCCAGAAAAAAAUACAUUAAAACGGUGGGAUAUUGGAACAUUCAAAAACAGUGAAAAUAACAGUAAAAAUCUGCAAAACGCUUCGUUUCUGUGUUAUAUCUCUUUUAAAAACAGUGUGAUUUUAUGGUCACACACUGUAAUAGAACAAAGUACCAUAAGUGAAAAUACAGAUUAUUGAUACACAUAUUAUUUACUGCAUCAGUCUGCUUUUUUCCUGUGAUUUUAUAGGUAUGAUCGUUAAUUGAACAAACUGGGGAAAAUCUGUUAAAAUCAAAUAAAUACAUUUUUAAAUACUAUUCACCAAUUUUUCAUCCUUUGUAAUAAUUGCUUUUCAAAUAAAGGCAAAUAUAUGUACAAUAACAAUAGCUUUUGCUGAAAUUGUAAAAGACUGAAUGACCAUUCGUAACAUAUGUAUGAUUUACACAUAAAUUAAUACUUUUUCCUAUGAUUUUGAUAUAUAUUAUCUGUAAUUUAAGAAAAUAGAGAAAAUUUGUAAGACAUCAGCAAUUUCUUUAAAAAACAAUACACAUAAAUCUUGGCAUAAACAUGUUUUUUUUCCAUUGUACACAUGCUGUUGAGUCUUCCUUCACUAAAGAGAAAAAAGGUAAUAUAAAAUAAGCUAUGUGACUUGUUUUUUUGCUCUGAGUGUGUUAGAAACAUAUCUGUCACUAAGCUCAUUCACUUCAUAUAUAAUUUUUGAGUAAGAUUAAAACAACAAUAAAAUUCUGAAAAUCAUGGGAAAAUAUUUGAUAUAUAAAUAUAACAUUUAAUCACAUAUUUACUUUUAGGUUAUUUCUGCUCUGUUAUUGCAAACCCUCACCAGUUUUAAUAUUAAACCUGUUAGUACCACUACUUAAAUUAGCUAUAAAUACACACUGAUACAUCUAAUAAACAUAUCUUAGAAAAUAUCCUAAAGUAAAGCACACACAAUAAAUAUUUAUGAUGUAUUUUAGGAGAGGAACACAGAAAACGAUAAGAGAUAUUAGUGUAUGUAUUCACUGUCAAUAUUUAAAUACUUGACACCACUCGGAAUGUAAGUAAAAUAAGAAUAUAAAUAACUAAUACUUCAGUUUGUGCGUGUUGCAUUAGAUUUGUUACCAGAACUAACACACAGUCAUAAAACGAUGUAUUCAGUGUGUAAAUCAGUAAUACGUGAAUUAAAGAUAAAUAUUCAUACAUGUUUGUAUGUCAGUUUACAGUCAGUGAAUGGGAUAUAAUCAUUUAGAAUCAUUACAAUGGUGUGUAAGCUGCAGUACCGGCAAUGAGCAGUUCAUCCUCCGACCAGCAGGGGCGCUGUACGAACAGUAACACAGGGCCCAAGUAACGCUUUAUAAACGCUUCCGUCAAGUCGUCCAAUCAGAGGCAGAGUUUAAAAACGGCUCGUUUUGAAUGUUUAUUUGAUCGGUGAUUUUCUUUGAAUAUUCAGGUGCAGCAAUGAUGGAGGGACUGAUGCUGCAGGCGGAACCCUCUGCCUACAUACAGUCGGCCUAUCAGAGUGAGGCACACCUGAGUGCAGAGGUGGGCCUUCAGGAAGAGGGCGGUGCCAAUAAGAAGAGUGCAUACUGUAAAGAUCUACUGAUGAGAGGAGGAGAAGAGCUGAGCUUUGAGGAACUGCGAGCCGAGAGAUACAACCAGCGAAAACAGAGGGAGAUGGAGGAAAAGCUGAAACGUCUGACGGAGGAGGAGGAAAAGUUGAGUCAAGAGCUGGAGGAGAAGAAGAGACUGUUAGAGCUCAGGAGGAGUCAACCAGAGCUGCCUCAUCGAGCCUCCUCUCAGAGCAGUGACUCGGGCGAAGCUCCGGCUGCUGCCUCCUUCCACAUAUACGACGAGUCCCAGUCUGCUGCUGCACGGCCUCCUGGCAGAAACCCUGAACCGUCUACAGACGAGCUGCCAGACGAUGUUUUCCUGCAUCCUGGUGAGAGAGGACUCUGUCUGAAGAUCCAGCAUCCUCGACGGCCAGAUCACCAGGGAGCGACCAGCGAUGACACAAGUCCUCCGACCUUCUCCCAGAAACCAGACUCCAAAACCAGAAAGAAGCUGAGUCCCAUUCAGGAGACCAGUGUAAUUGCCUCACAGGAAGGACUGUCGACUGAAACCUGUAGUCCACUGGAGGAGAACCCAGAGGAGCAGGAGGAGAUGGAUCACACUGCAUCACCAGCUGCAGCUGCCGUUGAUCCCUGCGACCCGGAUGUUCGACGACGGUUGUUGGACCUCAGUGAUGUCACUUCCUCUCCAGAUCUGCACUCAGAGCUCCGCCCCCUCCCUGCUGUGGAGGAGCACAACUGUGUGCAACUGGGGGGCGAGGUGUAUUUCAUCGACUCCAGAGUUGUAGAUGGAGGCAGCUUCUCCAUCUUUAAGGGAGCCGUAGAUGACAACAAUGUCCUCUUAAAGGUGGACAGCUGCUCCGUUCCCUGGGAUUUUCAUCAGUUUACUCGCCUGAAGAAGAACUCAUCAGCUGCAGACAGUCUUCCUCUCAUCAGCUGUUUCCUGUUUCUAGACGGCUGCAUCACUGUCUACACGACACCACCUGAUCACAUGUUCACCGGGCUGACAGAUUGUGAUCCCAGCGAGCUGUCGGUCGGUUAUAAAGCCAUCAGCCUGCUGCAGCUGGUGUCGCAGCUGCACUCCUGCAGGCUGCUGCAUGCAGCGCUGCAUCCGAGCCUCCUCACCUACUGUCACACAGGUAUCCCGAUGUCUGACAGGGUUCUUCCAGUGGACUGGUCGUCCUCUGUAGACCUGGACCUCCAGCAGGACGUCACGUCAGUCCAGCAGCUCCCCGCAGCUCAGACCUACAUCAGUCUGGGCCUCCUGGAACCGACCUCCCCUCCACAGCUGGUGGACCUGGUGGGUGUGGCCGAAACUGUCCACCUCCUGCUGACCAACAGAAAGAUGGUCCCGGUGAAAGACGCAUGCGGCUGGACGGCUGAGCAGUUCAGUGGAGAUGAAUUCUGCCACAUGUACACCAGGAUGUGGAGCACGUUUUUCCAGUCGUUGCUGAACGCUGAGGGUCAAUCGUCUCUGUCCGUCCUGUCAGAGCUGAAGGAGCAGCUGUCCUCACUUUACCACUGACCCUUCAGGUGCUCACUCUGUCCGCUUGUUUGUUUUUAUAUCUGUGUUCUCAAUUCUAACCGCAAUAAAUAAAGUAAAAAAACAGUUUAAUAUGA